CCUGUGACGUGAGGUUUUUAUAGUGCCCACCCCCCAAGCCUCCGACUCCAUUCCUCAAUCCUAGACUCCCAAUGAUAAGGUCCAGACGUUUUACAAGAAGAUCAAAGGGACUUCUUUUCCUGAGAAAAUGCCAACCACGCAGAAAACGUUGAUGUUCUUAGGCAGCUUCCUCACCAGCCUGGGGGCCGUGGUGGUGACUUGCUCGAUUCUGGCCACACAAGUGUGGGUCACCAGCACCAUCGCCUUCAGGGACCUGCACUCCAACGGCACUGUGACCAUCACCUACGGGCUCUUUCGCGGCAAGAGUGUCCAGGAACUGGAUCAUGGGCUUCCCGAACUGGACAAAAACUUUAAAGUUUUAGGGACGUUGGGCGACUCUCCGCCCCGAACGCUGCACGCGGUGACCAUCCUGUUCCUCGCCCUCAGUUUGGCGGUGUCGGUGCUCAGCUCGCUCUUCACCCUCUACAACAGCGUCAGCAACCCCUACCAGACGUUCCUGGGCCCCGUGGGGGUGUACACCUGGAACGGCCUCAGCGCAUGCUUCAUUUUCCUGACCAUGGUCCUGUUUGUGGGGAACACAGAGUCCAAUCAUCUCUCCAAAGAAUUGUCCCAGAAGCUUUAUCCAGAAGUCACUUUCGGCGGGACUGCCCACACGUACGGAUACUCAUUUUGGCUCAUAUUCCUUGUCAUCGUUCUAAAUAUCGUCACUGUGGUCAUCAUCAUUUUUUACCAGAAGGCUCGAUACAAGCAGAAGCAAGAGCAGCGAAAGCCAAUGGAAUACGCUCCCAGGGAUGGCAUUUUAUUCUAAUCCUACCUCCUGCCACUCUGCCACGGCAUCUGUUCUGUUUGACGUCAGUCAGCUCCCAGAGCAGAAGCCAGUUCACUUCUUUGGACAAUCAGUGUGGAAAAAAAAUGACUGUCAUUUGUAAUCGUUUGGUUUUGUUCUUUAAUCUUGUGAUAGGUGCUCUUCCUGGAUGUUGCGUGUACCUGUCUUCACAGAUGUCCCCUUGGUGCCUUCAGGUGGAGGUGCGUGGGAAGGUUGCCAGUCUAGGCAGUGUUCCAAGAAAGACUGACCGGGGGCCUGUGGACCAUUCUGAAUUGGUCUCCCUAUCCAAAAUAAAAUGGGUCUGUGUUCCUCC